AUGUGUCUUGCAGGUGGAACCCUCGAGAACACAUGCAACUUUGAGCUGCGCACUGAUUUGGAGACAGCCAUCCUAGAGAUCAGCGCUGAAGGUAGCAAGACGAUGAAGGACGCCGAACCAACUUCCCUGCGAGCACUGCUGCAGGAGCUUGAAGAAUCGGGAAUUGUUGAUGCCACAGUUUGCUGUCACCAAGUCUCUCGGGUUUCUCCGACCCUGGACUCCGACGAAACUGAAGGUACUGAGAGCUGCGAUGGCUACAUGGUCAAGCCCAAGGAGAAGAAGGUCACCUUGCAAUGGACCGCAAUGAGUGGAAACCUGAAGAGCAGCAACGUGGCCAGCUGCUUUCCAAAUGAUUAG